AUGACAUUCUUAUACCCAAGAUCAUCAUGGAGAAGAGAUUACCUAGAGCGCAUCAAGAUCAUCACAAAUAAAGCAUCACUUGGCCUAGGACUGACACACAAUGAGGUUUGUGUAAGAUUCAGAUUUGGAGCGUCUUUAUAAUCCUCUUCAUAGAUAGAUUAACUUUAAUUUCGAACUAGUUUUAUCAUUUAUUCUUUUAUUCUAUUCUAUUAGAUCUAUUCUCUCCCCUUUGUCAUGCUUUUCAUAACUCUUGUCUUCACCCUUUUGCAUUUAAUUCUGUCCUUCACAAUCUCAUGUAUAUAUAUAUCUAUAUAAGAAAUAAAAUAAGUAGAAUUUAUACUCUCAUUACCCACGCUCUUUGAGGAUCAACCUUACUUAUCUUAAAUAGAAGAGUAAGGUUUUAUAAAUAUUAUUCGCAUGAACUUGGUUGCAUCAUGAUGACAUAUUUAACCUCCAAUUCGAGUUCAUCAAUAGGACAUAGACAGCUACAAGUGAAUCAACUAAGGUCGUGUUGGCAUCGGUCGGUGUGUUCAGUAGAGGUGCAGAAGAGUUCGAGUCAACCAUGAUGUCAAGUUGUUGUGGUACAAGGGAGAAGUUGUCAAGUGAGAAGAUGAAUAGUCUCCUCCCACGGGUGAGGAGAGUCACCACCUAGAGAUCCGCCGACUGAAGAUGGGAGAUCUGCCAGCUAGGAGAUUCAGCUAAAGACAAGAGGUUUUGACGCUCGAGGCGUCUGGAGGUGACGCUUGGGGCAUCAAAAUGCAAUGCUCGGAGCACCGAGAGUCAUCGCACAAGGCUUCAGGAGGUGACACGUUAGGCAUUAGGAGGUGACACUCGGGGCAUCAGAAGACAAUGCACAAAGCACCGUGAGUUGAUGCACGGGGCAUCCGAGUUCAAUGCACAAGGCGUUAGAAAAGCUAGUGAUGUGACUUAG